AUGAUUGCUACUAUAAAUGGAGACACCAAGAUCAAUGAAAAAGGCCAUCCGACCGAAGUCCGCAUUCCGGACAUGUUCGGCUCCAUAAUGUCUGCGACGCCUACAGUGAACCCUCACCACUUCAAGGUCAAGGCCGCAGCCGACGCCUUCAUAGCUGAUUAUCUCAAGAUGGACAAGCACGAAGCGGCUAAGAACAGAAAAGCGGACUUCUGUUUCUGCGCCUCGGCCAUGGCUCCUCAUGCAGAUGCAGAAGCGCUUAGGACCAUGGUUGACUGGCUGAACUGGAUCUUCUACUUUGACGACGACUUUGAUGAGGGUCAACUUGACCGAGACCCAGUGGCUGCAGAGAAAGAGAUUAGACAUACACUUGCUGUGCUCGAAGAUGAUGCUGAGAUUCCUGACAGAGAGAAAUAUCCCUUGCGAUACUUGUUCCGUACCAUCUGGGAGCGAGUUCAAGAGAGGGCGUAUCCUGAUGUCCAGACGCAAUUCAAGAUCACGCACAAGCGAUACUUGGACGGCCUGUUACAUCAGGUCGAAGCGACACGCGAUGGAAAUGGUCAGCCUCGGACAGAGGAGGACUACAUCAGAAUGCGGAGGAGGACUGUUGGUGGAUAUCCAUGCAUCAGUCUCAUCGCCUAUGCGCAUAAUGUAAACUUGUCACAGGAGGCAUUUGAGCACCCUUCUGUUCAGGAAUGCAUAGCUGUAGGAUGCGACCUCGCUUGGAUCCACAACGAUAUCGUCUCGUACAAGAAAGAUGUCAAGUCAGGUAUUGAGCACAACUUUGUCACAGUCCUGAAGAAGAACGGCUUCACCACCCAACAGGCCAUGGAUAGAGCUGGUGAACUCCAGGACGAGUGCUACCGUCGAUGGUACCUCGCCCUGGCGAGCAUGCCAAUCUGGGCAACCAUGUCGAGUCAAGAAGAGUCCCCUAAGCUCGAGGUAGCGAUCGCUGGGGGUGGCAUCGCCGGCCUCAUCACAGCAAUCGCACUCCUCAAACACCCCAACGUCAAUGUACAAGUCUAUGAGCGAGCACCAGAGUUUAAAGAAAUCGGCGCAAGUAUAGCUCUGGGUCCUAAUGGUCUCAGGACACUCGACCGUCUCGGUGUCGAAAAUGCCCUGGCGGAAGGCUUUGCUCAACGGCAAAAGUCGGGAUAUCCCAUGAUAUACCGACACUGGAAGACUGGAGAAGUCAUCGAUUAUGAUGUCCACAGUACAGUACAGAAAAGGAAACAUGCGACUGCGCGGUUCCAUCGUGCACAUCUUCAUCAGGCGCUGCUAGAGAAUUUGCCAGAGGGUAUUGUUCAUCUGGGGAAGACGACUGUUGAUGUCAAGGCGCAUUCUGAUGAAGGUGCUACGCUUUACUUUGAGGAUGGGACCACGGCGACGGCUGAUGUUGUUAUUGGAGCUGAUGGCUUACGAUCGAAAGUCCGCAAGACGUUUGUACCAGAGCAUGAACUGCACUGGACAGGCUGGGUCGCUUUCCGCGCUGUCUUUGACGCCGACAGAUUGAAGGAUGUUGAGUAUCCUGAAGAUGCAGCUCACUGGGCUGGUCAUGAGACAACGUUCUUCCAUUCUCAUCUAGGCAAAGGCUUAUUCACUAUAGUCGGUGGCUAUCACGCAGAUCCUCAAGACCCCAAGUCGCCAGGUCAAGACGCAAAAUGGGAUGAAGAUGGCAGUGCCGAAGAGUUCAAGAGAUUAUACCAACAUUGGAACCCAACAAUCCGGGCAUUCAUAGAAGCAACACCCUACGUCAAACUCUUCCCCAACUACGCCGGCGCAGCUCUCGAUACCUGGUCCUUCUCCAACCGUGUAGCUCUUGUCGGCGACGCAGCUCACACCCACGGCGGAUCCUUCGCGGCAGGGGGAUCACUGGCUAUCGACGAUGCAUACGCCUUGUACCGCUCGCUCGAUCACGUCUGGCCUCCUUCAUCAGCGCGAACAGGAAAGCCGUCCAAGGCUCAGCUUGCACAAGAACAUUUCGGGGCAGAAGUCGAAUAUAGAGAGAGCGACGACGGAGACGGACGAGCAGUUGAGACUGAGGGUGAAGGGGAGGAUGAAUCCUUCGUGGAUUAG